AUGCGGGAAUGCACGAAUGAGCGCUUGGGGGAGCGCCCCACCUGGCGGAAUACCAAGAGGCCCCAAUAUACGCCUGGCGUCGCUGCCCACGUCCCACCGCUGGGACGAGCCAAGCUCAACUUUGAUCGUGUGGAAAUCAUCAAACGAUUGGACCUCGGGGGGAAGCACAUACCCCGGAGUGUCAUUGGUUGGUCCAAAACUGCCGUCCGACCGCGAUUGUCCCCCCUGAGCAUUUUCAUGCUCACCUGUCAGCAAACCAUUCCAAAAGAUUGGGUCCUGUCCGUGUCAGCAAAUGCGUUCCAUUCGUCUUCCAGCAGCGUUGAUGCGAUCGACGCUUGCGAAAAGGUGAGGAGGGAGGUCCAUGAUGACCGCCCGGGCAAAGACUGGUGCUUUGAUUUCCCCCCACUGUUUCAAUUGCAGCUCGAGUUGGCACUGUGCCAAGGGACGGAAGACGAAUGGAACGCAUUUGCUGACACGGACGGACAAGUCGUGGGAUCCAACCUUUUGGAAUGGUUUGCUGACACUGGCGACAUCCACAUGAUCGAGUUUGCGGCCACUCCGCACGGGAAGUACAUUGGUGCGUUGGCACGAUGUACUUCCUUUGCCAAACCACACGUCGCUCGAUGGCUCGCCGCGCACAACGCCGCCACCAAUUCGCAGGGGACACGGAUAUGUCCAGACCUUAGUUAUGGGCCAUACGCCGACACACCAGGGUCCGUGCUUCCCCCAGGUGUUCCAACCUUUGACGAGUUUCGCACUAUCAAAAUUGAAGUUGGCGUGACUCAGCCGUGGGGCGUGGCACGUGGCCAACUGGAUCACAAGGCACUGUCGACAUGGGCGGUGAUGCCGGGCGUUGACACGUACUUCACUGGCGCCAGUGGCUCCGCGCCCAAUCGAUCGCACCAAGAUCCAAUUGGACGGCCGUCGCGUCCUUGGUAUUCCGCGAGGGGGGGCGCGGCCAUGGGCGUUCCCGCGGCCCUUCCCGUGGGUGUUCCCGAGGACUUUGACUGUGGAUUUACACCGUGCUUUGGUCUGGACCAUGCGUUGAGAGACCAAGUGAUCUUGAUGUAG